UUUCGCUGGAACCAACAAUGUCAGGCCGACACAGCGGCGGUGGCUUCAACCAUUUUGGUCGAGUGUCAUGGCGGCGCAUCCACCGAACAGGUCGAAGAAGCGCAAGAAGACCCAAGUGGGUCUUGGCGCGGCUGAAAUCGCGUUCAUUGAGGACGAGAUCGCGGCUGUGGCCAUGGAAUAUGGCCUUGAAAUGGACGACGACGUGGCCAAGAGCAUCCAAGCACGACAAAAGGCAUCAAAGCACAAAAAACGAACGAUGUCGACCGUGCCAGCAACACCCUCAGUGUCAACAUCAUCAUUGGACGCUAAAGCUCUCCAAACACUGCUCCCCAAGCAAUGUACCAUUGGGCCAUGUAAAUCCCCUGGCUGCAAUUGCCAUCACUAUAUCGCCGACAAGAAGAGCGAUGGCGACGACUGUUUCAAGUGCAACCAUGGCAAGUUCUUGCACUCGAUUGUGUUUGCAAUCGAGUCGGAUGACGAGUCCAAGGCUAUCCAUGGCCAGGUGCUUUUGGGCAUGAUGUACUCGCUCGUGGUGCUCGGGCGCCUCGCGUCCACGGUCGUGGGUUCGAACGCGUGGACUCAGGCAUCACUCGAGUUGCUGCAGACGUCGGUUCAACAGCACCUCAAGCGUCAGUUGCUUCGUGCACAGCAACAGAAGCAGGACACGCCAGAUACCGAUCGCCCAAUCAUGACCAAGCUCAGCGCAGACCUGCAGUUGCACAUCCUAUCUGCCACGCAGGCCGUUGCUUCGUCCGGGCGAACGCAAAUGCGAAUCAAACUGGCGUGCUACUUUGACCAGAUGUACUUCACGCUGCAUCAAGCUGCCAUCAGCGUAUUUGGCCGCAACAGCGCGGCAGUCCCGCCGUUUCACGAGUAUUUGUGUCAAAUCGACAAGUACCGCCCGACAGCCCGCUCGGAUUACGAGAUGUUUGUCGCCACUCUCUUGGACGGCGGUGACGAUGUGCCGGCAGAUUUCCACUCUGCGUAUGAAGCUAAACCUAAGCACGGAAUCUCCUUGCUCGACAUCUUGCUCCUUCGACAGCGCGAAGGAGUGCAGCUGUUCUACGAGCCAAGUAUGGGCAUGAAUGGCGAAAUGGACAAAGUGCUGUCGGACUUGGGUCGCAAAGUCAAAGAAUCUGCAAAAAAACUCACAAAGAAGCAGCGCAUGAACCUCAACAAGACGCCCGACCGACCGUCGGCCGCAUCCGACACAACAGCGCUACCAGCGUACGCAGAGCUGCAACAGUGGCGGGAAAACUGCCGGAAGUGGUGCGACAGGUUGUAUAGCCGCGCUAUUCCGCACCCAGCCGCGUUCAAAGCUAUCAAGGAAGCGGGCCCUAUUGUCGAAAUGGGCGCAGGCCUUGGUUACUGGCACUCACUUAUGGCCCAGCACAAGAUCGACGCGUUGGCGUUCGACCCUGUGGCGACUGCCAAGUGGUCGGGCACCACCGGUGGCGACGGAGGGGACGACGAUGACAACAACGACGAAGAUAACUUGACGGAGACAGGGGUCCCUCGAUGGAGCACGAUCUAUCAAGGAAACGCAGAUAUUCUCGACUCGAAUCCAGCGCUGAAGCAACGCGCAUUGUUCUUGUGUGCUCCGUCCAAGACGUCGUUCGCCCGCGAUUGCCUGCGCCACUACAAGGGCAAACUCCUCAUCCACGUCGGUGAAUGGCAUGGAGAUACGGGCGACAGGCAAUUCGAGUGCGACGUGAUGAAGGCGUUUGCGUUGAAGACGCGCGUGGCCCUGCCCAACUGGGGCGACACGGCGUUUGAACUGACUGUAUGGGAGCGUAAGGUCAAGGCGAACCAACCGUCGCUGGCCGUCGUGGCGUGUGCUGUGUGCGAGAGCCGCCACCGCAGCCUCCUGCGCCGCUGCGUGCUGUGCAAGACGAUGGUGUACUGUAGUGCCGACUGCAUGCGACAGCACUCAGCCGUCCACACAGCUGAACAUGCCCGACGCCUUGUGUUUUUGAGCAACGACGACCUCCUCGAUUUUGACAACACGCACCAUUUUCACCCCUUUGAGUGGGACACGAACUCGAACCCCGACUUCAAACCGGCCGCAUCGUGGACCAAGUCGGCGGCAGAGUCGUCGGCGCCGUUUUCGUUUAAGUUUUAACCACCAAUUUCUUGCCUCCA